CUGCUUUCUUUCUUUAUCUUUUCUAUCUUUCUUUCAACGUCUCAGUUUUGAUCAACAAUGGAAGCAAUCAAGGACUUGGGAAUAGCUUUGGUGGCAAAACUGGAAAAAGCGUCUUUGCUUUGGAUUGAGGGCUUUAGAGAAGCUUGUUGUCUUCAUCGCGUUAUCGUUUUCUACUUCAGGUCAAAGAAGCUUUUGAUUCGCACUGGUCAAUGCUUUCUUCUAAAUGGGUUUAUUUUCUUAGGGAGCAUAUUUAUCCUAAACUCAGUUAUCAUCCCAACUCUACAAUGGAUUUUACCUGAUGACUGCUCACAGUUCGAUUCUCAAGAACUCUGCUCUUUUGAUGGUCUUUUGAAAUUUUAUUCCUUCUUACGUUUUGGACUAAUUAAACUCUUUUAUAUCACAUGGUUCUACCCAUUGUAUGCACUGAGCAUUAUUUUAAGCGCUCUCUGGUACAAUGACAUUGCUAAGUAUGGUUUUGAAGCGGCACAGAAGUCUGGUCCUGUGAAAGUGGAUCCUGUGGGACAGGAAGAGAAAUUAACCUUGCAAAAUACAGGUCAUGAGCGAAGACGUGAUGGCCUGGGAGGGAUCAUGAUUGUAAUAGGAGAGCAGUUGUAUUCUAUACUUCUUUUGAGCUUCUUCUUCAUAGAGGUUUCUGUGACAGGAUUUGUACCCUACAUUGGGACGGCACUAAAUUUUCUUCAUGUUUCUUGGAUGUAUGCCUACUUCUGUUUCGAGUACAAAUGGAAUCUUCAUAAUGUAGAUCUGGACAAACGGCUGAACUUUUUUGAAUCUAACUGGGCAUUCUUUUUAGGUUUUGGAUGUCCAUGUGCACUUCCCGUUUUAUUUUGCUCGUCUUUUGUAUCAUCUGGCGUUAUGGCUAUGCUUUAUCCACUGUUUGUUUUGACAGCAAGCAACUCGGAGGCCGAGAAAGUUAUCUCUUCUCAAACAAUUAAAUGGGGAGAUGCAAGAUUGGGAAGGCUUCCGAUAUUUUACGUGGCUGAUGCUUUAUCGAUGAAGAUCUUAUCUUUUUUACCCUCGGAACCUCAUGAACAGCUGCAAGACAAUAAAGUGGAAUGAAAAGACUUUUUUUUUUGGCUCAAGCUUUGGCAGCAUCUUCGAAACAACUAGCCAAACUAUUUGGUGUUGUCCCACCAAUGGGGACAACGUUCAUGGUAAUAAUGACCAUUUCAUGAUCUCUUAAUCAUCUUUAAUUUAUUAGAAUAAUGGUAGUGUGCACAACACGAGCAGAUAAGCCAAACAGCCAAAGGAGAGGACGAGUCUCUAAAUCUAUUGAGAUCAAGCAUAUCCAGAGGAAGCAGCUUCGAGGUAUCUUGUUGUAUAUCAUGUACAUGCAUAGAAAGUUUGGUUUGACUUUAACAAAAAAAAGGUUCCAUAUUGGAAAAGAAAAGGAUUUAUUCUGUAUAGCAAUUAACUUAUAAAAAAAACACCCCACGAGCUUGUUAGUUAGUGUUUGAUUCAUUGUUGUGUGCCAUAACAUAUUUGAUUGAAUGACUUUAUCAUCAUCAGAAUGAUUUCAGUAACUUUGAAGCUAAAAUAUUUCACUGCUUUAUCUUUAUUUA